UAGAUUUUUAGAUACUUUUAUAUAAUUAAGCAGAAUACUCUAUUGUUAAUUAUUGUCUUGCCUACGUUAAAUGCGUCCAUUGAUUUUUCCCGUAGCAUUCAUCAUAAUACGACGACUCUGAAAUAUAUAAAUACGAAUAUAUAAUAAAAACAACUACAACAGCUAUAAUAGUGACACUAACGGUAACACUACACCAUCGUACAGACACGCCAUCACGGUAUAGCCGUAUAGAUGUUCAAUUGAAGAUGAUAAUAUAAUGGGACAAUUCCAAUACAUCGCUAACAAAACAACAGCAGUAAUGAAUUUUCAAGAUCAUAAGUUUCUUUAUACUACCUCUGUAUAUUAUCUAUGUCACGUUCAUUUAUGUUUGAAAGGAAAUUAAAGCUGUGCAAAUAGUAAAUAUGCCAUUAAAUUGUAGUAAUAGAAAACGUUUUUAACAUGAGGGCCAAACAAUUGAGGGUGAAAGUCCAGGUACAAUAGAAGUAUAUAGCGGUAUUUAUGUAAAUGAAGAAGUAGAUUCAGGUAAUCCUGAACAGAUGGAUCAAGUAGCAUGAGAAAAAAACACAAUGGCUAACACAAGCAACGAGUCAGAUUCUCCGCAAAAGAACACAGUUAAUGAACAAAAUGAUGACAAAGAUAAUCAGAAUAACAUGUUUGAAUGUUACAUAUGCUUGGAAAAUGCAACAGACCCGGUUGUCAGUUUUUGUGGCCAUUUAUAUUGCUGGCCAUGCUUGCAUAGAUCGUUAGAAACUCAAGAAGAUCCUACAGUAUGCCCGGUGUGUAAAUCUGGUAUCAAUAGAGAUAAAGUAAUACCAAUUUAUGGACGUGGGAAUUCGAAACAAGAUGAUCCCAGAAAUAAAGUGCCACCUAGGCCUGCUGGUCAAAGAACUGAAGACGAUGAUACCGAUUCGUUCCAUUUUGGAAUAGGAGAAUUCCUUUUUAGUUGGUUAUUAUUGUCCACUGAUCCUCCACACGGAAUUCCAGUUGGUAGUCAACUACAACAAGAUGAUCAAUACUUAUCAAAACUUUUCUUAUGGAUUGCAGUAAUAUUUUUAAGUUGGCUAUUAUUGGCAUGAUUUACUCGUAGAGUACAUUAUUUUUUAUUAUUAUUAUUAUUAUUAUUAUUCUAUCAUUCAAUGAACUACUAUAAGAGUAAGGCUUCUUCUCAUAAAUUAUUUUAAUUUGCUAUUUUGUCCUAAUCUGUUGGCUAAAUAUCAAAAUAUAUACUUAAAUUUGUAUUGUUUGUUGCUUAGUCUGAAAUCAUAACUUAUAUAAAAGCUUUGACUGUAGUUUAAUAUCACAUUUUUUAACAGUUUGACUAUUAUUUUGUCAAUGAUUUCAUCAAGAAUAUUCUCAAAACCAUCAAUAAUUUAAACAGUUCUGUCUUUUGAGUUUUAAACUAUAAUAAAUCUGCAAAUAU